AAAGGUCGGGCAAAUCAUCAGUUCGCGGAUGACAUCUCCCUGGUACUGGUAGGUAUAGCUAGCUGAAUCCCUUGGCCGCGAAUUGACAGCACCAACCUCCACUCCAAGCCCCAAAGCGAAUUGAUAUUACCAACCUCCACUCCAAGCUCCACCGCCGGGAGGAAGAACCCUAGCCGCCCUUCAAGGUCCCUGUUCCCCACGCCGCCUCUGGACGGACCUGCGAAUAAAACUGUGAAUGUUCGCUUACACCUGAUGCCCUCCUACGCACAUAAUGAGGAGUAACUAUUUUUCUACUCUUGAGACUGAAGGUUUAUAACCACUAUUUGAGUGGACUUUUAGUCUGGAGUAGGGGGUAGCUGCACUUGUUUGUAUCCUGAGACAGCAAGUUUGCAGAUAGAACCUUGAACUAGCUCCUCUGUCACCUGUAUCAACUCGAGUGUCCUUGGAGAAGCUCCUGCAAGCAACAUUACCAAUUUGCUUGGAUCCUUUCUCAUGGGAAAUAUUGUCAACACUGUUAGAAUAUUAGUGAAUGUGAUUUCUGAGGGCUUAUCUAGUACAGUAUCACCUAAAGAGAACUGUUCUACAGACGCUGUGGUUGCUAAGGGUUUGGAACGUGGUCCAGCCAGGGAUACACAUAAGAGCAAAGAGUUGAGACCACACAGUGUUCCUUCUGAAAAUAAUUUGUUUCACUGCGACGCUUACGAGAAAUUGAUCAACGGUGAGCUUAAUUUAGGUUGUAGAAGCAGUCCUGAGGCUUCAGAGGACUAUAAAAUGAUACCAAAUGCAGAUAGAGCAGUGUCUGGUCCUUUGGAUGCGAGAGGUUGUGAAAGUACCCCUAAAGCUUUGUUAAGGAGACAAGCUGAGCGGCAAAUAACUAACGAGAAAGCAUCAAUUCAGGCGAUGGUUCCAACUGGAACUUCAGCCUCUCCAGAUGUGAAAGAUCCUAAAACGGUGCUAUCUCCGCUUACCCGCAGUCGCAGUAAGGCUAUGGCUGUUUCCACACCUGAACAUCUCAAACUGAGAAACGCCAGAUCAGGUCAACUAGUAGUUCCACGGUUGGAUUCAGGAAGCCAAAAAAUUAUCUAUGACGUGGCAGAAGUACCUAUCACCCCAUUGGUGGAGCAAAGUUCUGCAGGUAAAGCGUUGCCGAGUACACCAUCACAAAUGAUCAAAACUCCAAUUCCAUAUGGACGAUCUCCACUUCCUCGUAAUAAGGAUAAGGUGUUAUCUGUUGCCACACCCGAAACUCCCAAACUGAGAAGCUCUAGAUCAGGUCGACUGAUAGUUCCACGUUUGGAUCCAGGAACACAAAAUAUUAUCUAUGACGCGGUUAGUAACCGCAUAACCAUGUCCAUAGAUGUUUGUUUUGGUUUUAUGCAUCUGGGUACAAUUCGGAACCACCUGCUAAGAGGAGGUCUCGGUGUUCAUCCUCCGACCAUGGCAGGUUGCUGCUAUUCUGAUAGGAGAUGUCCUUGAGAUGGUUCAAGGGUUUGUGGUAAACUAUGGAGAUUAUUUUACCCUUCCACAAGAACCAUGAAGCAAAACGUCUGACUUAACAUGUGACUGGUUCAGAUGGAGGGACUCGCCAUCAAAGUUCUCGCGCUGAGCAUUCCCCUGUUGCAAUUACUUGUUGAAUGGAAGAAUGUGGGAAGUAACUUUGAAGAACUUGAAUAAUCUUGGAAGAAUGUGGGAAGUAACUUUGAAGAACUUGAAUGGAAGUGAUCUUUCAUGUUGUUUUUACUAUUACUAUAGUAACUACUCCCUCCGUUCACUAUUAUAAGUUUUUUUUUUUGAUCCGGAUGUAUAUAGACGCAUUUUAGUAUGUUUGUUCACUCAUUUCAGUUUGUAUGUAGUCCAUAUCAAAAUAUGCAAAACAUCUUAUAUUUGUGAAUGGAGGGAGUAGAUAAUAUCCCACACCUUGCUGCAGGACUUGAUAGCAAUAUAUAAUCAAUGAGAUUUGGUUACAUGUAACAUGGAUGUUUGGAUUAAUUAUAU